UGAUGGACUGCCUCUUUCGGGCCAAUAGGGGAAUUCUCAUUUCGAAGAAAGCGGGAUUGGCUCGCUCGGUGUGGAACAGAGCCUGCACAGAGGGCCUCGGCGGCGCCUGGGCAGCAUGGAGUUCCCACACCUGGAGCCCGGAGGACGCGAGGACGGGAUGGGUGUCACGUGUGCUGACCGGGAGCGGAAGGCCGCGUAAGCUGCUUCCGGGUCACCCGUUGACACUUCCGCACAGGGAAUCUGCUCCUCCGUCUUCUCUGCGACUUUUUCACUUCCCCUGGUGCGAGGUGGUAGCGAUUUCGGUGAUGAGCUCCCAGAAAGGCAAUGUGGCUCGUUCCAGGCCUCAGAAGCACCAGAAUACAUUUAGCUUCAAAAAUGACAAGUUUGAUAAGACUGUUCAGACGAAGAAAAUCAAUGCAAAACUUCAUGAUGGAGUAUGUCAGCGCUGUAAAGAAGUUCUUGAAUGGCGGGUAAAAUACAGCAAAUAUAAACCAUUAUCAAAGCCUAAAAAAUGCGUUAAAUGUUUACAGAAGACUGUGAAGGAUUCUUACCACAUUAUGUGUAGACCAUGUGCUUAUGAACUUGAAGUUUGUGCAAAAUGUGGAAAGAAAGAAGACAUUGUUAUUCCGUUUAAUAAAGAACCAGAAAAGACAGAAAAUAGUGAAAAUAAUCAAAGAGCCAAUCAUAGAAGAAGCUGCAAAAGGAAUGAAGAAAGUGAUGAUGACUUAGAUUUUGAUAUUGAUUUAGGUGACACAGAUGAUAACCAAGUGGAUUAAUGUACAUUAAAAGUCAUUAUAAAAAAGUAAAA